GCCGCACAUUCGACACGUCCUGCCUGUGCAGCCCGCGAAAUUAACUCCCCCCGAGGCGGCGCGAGUCUAGUUUGAAAAACGCGGCAUUUCUUGUGUUCAAAAAAACCGCAAACAACAAUAAGAUGACGAUUCGCAGCGGCACAUUCGUCAAAAAAAACCAACGACGGCCAGCGGUCGGUAGAUUCGACACUCGCAUUUUUUUUUUCCGUUCGAGGAGGAGACAGAAAGACACGGCUGCCCCGCUUCAAUGGAGCCACAGGGAAGAGAGCAACCGUCUUGGAGGGAUGAGACCGGCCCCCCAGAUUGACUUCCCGCCGUGCGUGGCCAUGUCCCAGGGAGGCCCGUUGGAAGAGGACAUUUGGGAGUAUAAAUCCAUUCGCAAACCAAAAUGCGUGCCGCGGGGUCAGGACGCGGUGACCCCCUCCACUUCCCUGCCGCUGCCCAGCCCCCGCAAAGGAGACGGUGGGAAGAAGAGGAGGAAAAAAGCAUCGGGGAAAAAGGCCAAACCCAAGACCAGCGAGCAGGAGGCCCCGGGUCAAGCCUUUGGCAAAGAGGACCAGAGUGGGCAGGCGCAGGAUGAUGGCACUGCUCCCGCCAAGCUGAGCGGGAGCUGUAACAAAAAACAAACGCCGCAAAAGGCCAGGCCAAUUUAUGAGGGCUACUGUCCAAGCUGCCAAAUGCCCUUCUCUUUACUCUUAGUGCAGACCCCCCGGUGGCAUGUUGCUGAAUGUUUGGACGCUCCAAGUGCUGCUGGAAAAGAAUGUCCUGAUGGUUUACUGUGCAAUUCUACUAUUCCAUCGCAUUACAAGCGCUAUACACAUUUUUUUCUUGCUGCUAGUAGAGCAGGAGAUUAUCUUGUAGACUCUUCAGCACAAAGCCCAGAGAACAAGUUCGCACAUCCUGUUGCUGCUAAGUCAAGCUGCUUUCCAGGCCUCCUGGAUGAAAUCUCACAGAGUGAGAAACAAACCAAGAAUGUAAGAAAUGCCCCAAAUGAUGAUCAUACAUUUGCGGUACAGAUUUCAACACAAGCAAAAUCUCCAAGUAUAAGCAAUGUAAAUGCCUCCUUUUCCAUGAAUGUUAAAAAGCCCGAGCAGAAUCUUCCGCUCACAAAGACAGCAGAUAAUGAUUGCCAGGUUCAGUUUUUUGAUUUUCCAUUUUCUCAAGAAAGUGAAGCUGGGGAAGACCUGGACAGUCAGAAUGUCUCAAAUCAAUUAAACCCGUUACUACCAGAAGGUGAUGUCAGUGACUGUGAAAUUUCCUACUCCCCGCUUAGGAGUGGUGUAGAAAGUGUUGAAGAAACGGAGGACGAAGAGGAUGAAGAAGAGAAGGAAAUAAGAAAAUCACGAAAGAAAUUAUUUCAAGUUCAAAACUUUGAUGAAGAGAACCCUGAAAAGGAGGAAUCUAGCUGUAUGCUGUAUAACCAAUUUGAUGAUUCUCCAUUUCAGCCUGAACUUGGAUAUGACAACAUUAAAAUGGAAGGUUUUAUAAUACAAAAUGCACCUUGUAGAGAAAUGGAUGCCCAAGGCCAUUUGAAUGGUUGUGUUAGGCCAAUUUCUCAGGGUCAGACAAACAGCUCUAAUUUAGUAUGUGCUGCUGAUCAGUUAAAAUGCCCACAAGGGGCACCAAUUGCAGAAUUCUCUCUCUCUCUUAAUCAUGACAAAACUAGGAAGGAAUUUGACUGGCCAAAAUUCAGUACCUCUGUUUCUAAUACAGGUAGUUGGAAGCUAAAAGAUUUUUGUGGUCAGAGUUGGGAUUCUGUAGACUUGGCUAUGAAUGCUGACUCCUUUUCUUUGAAGGUCAAAGAAGAAGGUGGCAGUCCUCCUAUGUCAAGGCAAAGUGUUAUUUUGAAGGAAUCAGGUGGCUUCUUAAUUGAUAAAGGUGAAAUGGAUACUAACACAACAGAUCAAAUAUUAUGCCAACAGAGUUUGCAGUCAGAGGGAGAAGGAAGCCUUCCUAAUACAGCAAGUAUACCCUUUCCCAGUGCAAUCUCUAAAAUGUUGCCAUCUGCUUCUGCUGCAAAUAUCAACACCAAAGAAUUGAAACAAAUGGACAUUGGUGUUUUCUUUGGAUUAAAACCCAAAGCAACAGAAGAGAGCAAAGGAGAGAAGCAUCCUUGUGAAGGAACACAACCCUCAAGUCUACCAACUUCCAGUGGAAAGAGGCCUAAGCGACAGAAGAGGAAAGCUGAAGGGUCUGUAGGAGACGUAGAUAAAGUACCAGUCAAUUCAAAUACAAAUGGAGUUUGUGUAGGCCCAGCUUCUGGUACACAACAGAGGUGGAGAAAAAGAUUUAGAGAAUCCUCUUAUACAGAAGAUGGAACAAGAAAAAAAUAUUGUCCUUUCUACAAAAAAAUAUCAGGAACUGGUUUCACAGUUGAUGCCUUCCAGUAUGGAGAAAUUGAGGGCUGUACAGCUUAUUUCCUCACUCAUUUCCAUUCUGAUCAUUUUUGUGGUCUAACAAAAAACUUUACAUUUCCAGUCUAUUGCAACAAGAUAACUGGCAACUUGGUGAAGAGCAAACUUCAAGUGCAGGAGCAAUACAUCCAUAUAUUGCCAAUGGAUAAGGAGUGUAUGGUGAAUGGGAUCAAAGUGGUAUUACUUGAUGCCAAUCAUUGUCCAGGUGCCACAAUGAUCCUUUUUUGCCUUCCCAAUGGAACUGUUAUACUUCACACAGGGGACUUCAGGGCAGAUCCUUCUAUGGAGCGCUAUCUUCCCCUGACUGGUCGAAAAGUCCACACCCUUUACUUGGAUACCACAUAUUGCAGUCCUGAAUACACCUUUCCUUCCCAACAAGAGGUUAUCCAGUUUGCUGUCAAUACUGCCUUUGAGACAGUAACAUUAAAUCCACGUACUCUGGUUGUCUGUGGCAGCUAUUCCAUUGGGAAAGAAAAGAUUUUUUUAGCAAUUGCUGAAGUUCUUGGUUCUAAAGCAAGUAUGUCUCGUGAUAAAUACAAAACACUUUGCUGCUUGGAGUCAGCGGCUGUUAAUUCCAUCAUUACCAUGAAUUGGAAAGAUACUUUGCUUCACGUUCUUCCCAUGAUGCAAAUUAAUUUUAAGGAAGAAGUCUGUCUCUGCUAAAAGUAGUAUAAAAAUAUUCCCCUGGCAUCCCAUGAACAUCUUUCUGUAGCAGUUUAAAUUGAGAGAGAUUUUUGCCAUCUAAAUUCAUAGUAAAAGAAGUC